GAGCUGUGCGUGGACGAGAUAAAUCGUGCGGUCUAUUUUUGCGGGAGAGACGUCGCGGUGACGCUUCCUGAGAUUUGUGUCUUCCGGAUCCUGAAUCUCUGCCCUCUAAGAUUCCACUGGUAAAUCGGUCAAGAUGACGGAGAACUUACCUGAGGAAGUAACGAAAUCAAGUUUUCGUCGUAAGGUGUGGGAUUACAUGAUGAAGAAUGAGCUGGUGAAUUUUCCCGUUAACAUAUACAAGCGUAUUCCGAACUUCAAAGGUGCCGCGGAGACUGCACAGCGAUUGAUCGAAUUAGAUGAAUUUAAAAGGGCCAGAGUUAUAAAGAUAAAUCCAGACAAGCCGCAGGAACCAGUGAGGUUUUUAGCUCUGGAAAUGAAUAAGGAAAUCAUUGUGCCUAUUCCCAGAUUGAGAACUGGCUUGUUCUUACACGUUACGCCAGUUGCUGGCGCAACGAAGGAACAGCUGAAAACACUGGCUUCCAUGCGCGGUCUAGAACAGGCGGGUAAAUCACUGGGACUGGAUUCUCAUAUUAAGGUAGAUCUCGUUGUACUGGGCUCUGUAUGCGUCAGUCGAGACGGAUACAGACUCGGCAAAGGAGAAGGGUUCGCAGAUCUUGAGUUUGCGAUGAUGAUGAGAAUGGGCACGAUAACAAAAAAUACAAUUGUUGUCACAACAGUACAUGAUUGCCAAAUUGUAGAUUACCUACCACCACAAUUGUUCAAAGAAUAUGACGUGCCAGUAGAUAUAAUUGUCACACCGACGCAAAUUAUAUACGUAGAGUCGAGACUGAAGAAACCGUCUGGCAUUCUGUGGCAUAUGCUUAGCGAAAGAAAACUCAAAACCAUGCAGGUAUUACAGCAGCUCAAAGAGAUGGAUGAAAAAAAUGGGAAAAUCGUAGUCUUGAAAGAAGUCGAUUCCGAUGUGGAAACGCGCCAAUAUAUCAAGAAUCGCAUUAAAUAUUCGAAAAAUAAGAAGCGUUUCAACACGAAAAGAGAUGCGCCUAAUACCGAAAACAUGAUGGAAGGUGGCAAGAAUAAAGGUGAAAAGCCGCGUUUCCCACGAAGACGAACGUAUAAGAAACCAAAAGCUGAAGAAGAAAAUGAUCUUCCCAAUGCUGAAGUACAAACGAAGACAGAAAACAAUACCAAGAACGCGUCUCGGCGGCGUAAAAAUCUUCGCGCCCGAAUGAAAACGCAUAUUGACUUCUCGUUGAAGCUCUCUAAUAUCUCAUCCGGUGUAAGAGUCCGCGAUCUAAAAAACGCUCUGUUGAUGCGUGGCGUUAAGCCGAGCGAAAUAAUUUGGCAGGGCUAUCGUGGCAUUUGUUAUCUUCACUUCAGCAAACUCCGGAACGAGGCAGCUCCGCCAGAUCAGCCAGUUCAGGUAGAUUCGAUCGUGGCGAAUUUACAGCAGCUCCGAAUCGGUGAGUCCGUGAACGAUGAAGAGGGAUUUAUAUACGUAGAACCUGCGAAACCGAUUUCUAGAAUUGAGGUAACCGAUGUAACAACUGUCUAAGUGUUUAUCGAAACUACCUUGAACAUGCAAUUACAUGUUGUUUCUUGGCCAUUUAUAUUCCGACGUCGAACACAGGAAUGGACGUCUUCCAAAGUCAAUCCUUUUUUUAUGAGAAUUAUGUCACAUAUAUUGAGUGUCCUAAACA